AUGUUCGGCGCGUUCAGGGCCACCUCGCCCGUCAAUGUGGGUCUUCUGUGGAAAGUGCCAUGGCGCCUGUCGUCGACCCGCAAAGCCAAUGUCAGAACCCGCUUGAAGAAGGUGGAUGCGGUUAUUGAAGCCGUGCGGGCGAGCGGCGUCGAGUGCAGCGCACUGACCAGCGCACUCGAGCUUCCGAAAGAGCACGAGAUGGACCCGAAGGACAAGUACACCGUCUUCACCCCUCACGCACGAGGCUACCGAAAGGGCAUCCACAAAGUGCCCAAAUUCACUCGUAUCACGCACAGAGUGAACCCCAAGGGCUUCUAG